CUUUUGGCAACGAGAUUGUUUCAGAGACAAAGAACUGCUCAGGGGAAGAGUCAUACUCCAGAGCAAGACAAGCCCUUAGACAAACUCGUGGACCGAUACAUCGCAGACUAUCCGGAGGUCCUGUUGCCCUACGUCAUCACAGAACAACGGAUUCACACCUAUGCGCCAC